AUGUCGGAGUCUAUUAAGAUGCUCUACUUCUGUGGCGCCAAGGUUAUCCUCAUCCAUCUACCACUUAUCUUUGCAGGAGUUUAUGAUAGGCCAUGAACGAGCGAUUGUGAUUUAUGUCCCUGUUCCACAGCUGCGAACAUAUCACCAACUUCACAACCGCCUGGUGGGCGAACUUGAAAAGAAGCUUCGUGGCGCCCAGGUCUUCAUAUGUGCGUUCAGGCGUAUCUUGCCUAAACCACGCCGAAAGUGCAAGACGAACCCGAAGCAGAAGAGGCCGCGCAAUCGAACCCUCACCUCUGUGCAUCAGUCUAUUCUAACUGACAUCGUUUUCCCUGCAGAAAUCGUCGGCAAGCGUACACAAGUGAGAGUGGAUGGUAGUUCCUUAAUUAAGUGCCACCUCGAUAUCGCCCAAAGGAAUUAUGUUGAGCAUAAGGUACUUGCUUUCCUUUUUACGCUCAUUCAUUUCCAUAGCUGAAGACCAUCACCGGGCUCUACAAGAAGCUGUCCGGGAAGGAUGUGCAGAUUGAAUUCCCUGAAUGGGUGCUGUAA